GCUCCCUGGCUGCUCUCUUUGAUUCACAGUCUCGCUCUGCCUCCAGUCACACACAAAUGAGCGGCCCCUGCUCUGAAAGAUGGCAAACGGGUUCACAAAGCCUUUAGCCACACUGUACAAAGGAAGCCAACUUGCAUUCAUACAUUCCGGUGUGUUUUACUUGCAAACCUUGCUGUGGAUUAUUUGUUCGGUUUGCGGGGAAGACCAGCCCUUCAGCGUGGAGAUAUGGUUACAGAAGUACGGCUAUCUUCAAGCUAGUGAACCCAGAAUGUCAGUAUUGCGCUCUUCACAGUCCCUGCACGCAGCUGUAGCUGCUAUGCAGCAAUUCUAUGGAAUUAAAGUUACGGGGACUUUGGAUGAAAACACAAUAGAUGAUAUCACCUUGAGCUGGAUGAAGAAGCCGCGCUGUGGUGUGCCUGACCAGUUUGGCACCAACGUUAGAUUUAGUGUUAGAAGAAAGCGUUACGCAUUAACUGGGCAGAAGUGGCACCAUAAACAUAUCACCUACAGCAUUAAAAACUUCACUCCUAAAGUAGGAAAACUAGAAACACACAGAGCGAUACGCCAUGCCUUUGAUGUGUGGCAGAACGUAACUCCACUGACAUUUGAAGAAAUACCGUAUGUGGAGUUGGAAAACAAGAAGAGGGAUGUGGACAUUACAAUUAUGUUUGCUUCUGGUUUCCAUGGUGACAGCUCACCCUUUGACGGUGAAGGGGGCUUCCUUGCACAUGCCUAUUUCCCAGGACCCGGCAUUGGGGGUGACACUCACUUCGACUCUGAUGAACCAUGGACAUUAGGAAACCCAAAUCAUGAUGGAAAUGAUCUAUUUCUGGUUGCGGUUCAUGAACUUGGUCAUGCAUUAGGCUUGGAACACUCCAACGAUCCUAGUGCAAUCAUGGCCCCUUUUUACCAAUACAUGGAUACAGAAAGCUUCCAGCUCCCUCAAGAUGACUUAGAGGGCAUCCAGAAGAUCUAUGGUCCACCAGAUAAGAUUAUACAUCCUACGAAACCCUUACCUACAGUACCGCCGCAUCGUUCCAAUCCUCCAUUGGAUCCAAGGAAACCCAACAGACAGCCAAGACCUCCUCGACCUCCGACGAGGGAUAAACCUUCUUAUCCAGGCAUCAAGCCCAAUAUCUGUGAUGGAAAUUUCAACACUCUGGCUAUCUUAAGAGGUGAAAUGUUUGUUUUUAAGGACCAUUGGUUUUGGCGUGUUCGAAACAAUAAGGUUCUGGAUGGUUACCCCAUGCAGAUUGCUUAUUUCUGGAGGGGUUUGCCUUCAAACAUUGAUGCAGUGUAUGAGCGGCCUGAUGGGAAAUUUGUGUUUUUUAAAGGGAGCAAGUACUGGGUCUUCAAGGAAGCGACACUGGAGUUAGGCUAUCCACAGAAUGUGGUGGAACUUGGAAGUGGAGUCCCUUCUCAGGGUAUUGAUACAGCAGUGUGGUGGGAAGAAGUUGGUAAAACCUAUUUCUUCAAAGGAGACAGGUACUGGAGGUACAAUGAAGAAACACAUGUUGUAGACAAUGGCUAUCCCAAAUCCAUUUCAAUAUGGAAAGGAAUCCCCAAGUCUCCACAAGGGGCCUUUGUCAGCAAAGAAAGUGGCUAUACAUUCUUUUACAAAGGAAAAGAGUACUGGAAAUUCAACAAUCAUAAACUCAGGGUGGAGCCUAACUAUCCAAGAUCCAUACUUAAAGAAUGGAUGGGAUGUGACCGAACUAAAACUGGAGACAAAGACAGGCAUGAUACUCAAGAUGACGUUGACAUAGUGAUUAAAAUCGAUAACACUUCCAGCACUGUGAAUGCCAUUGCUAUUGUUAUCCCUUGUACACUGGCCUUGUGCUUUCUGGUGUUGAUUUACACAGUGGUUCAAUUUAAGAGGAAAGGAACACCACGUCACAUAUUGUACUGCAAGCGAUCCAUGCAAGAGUGGGUGUGAUUGUAGCAGAAGCAACAAAAGAUUUCCAACAAGUGGGCUGUAAUGCUGGAACCCAGCAAUGAGCAGGCGUCUCUCUGCCUGAGACAUAUGAAUCAUGGCUGAAUUUCUCAGAGUCGCCUGCUCUGAACAUGAGUGGAGAUUAUAAAAGAGAGAGUGGGAAGGUUUCAUGAUACACAGUAUCAUCUGUAUUUCAGUCCUUUGUCUUUCUUUGGUGCACCAUUCCGUAUAGGCCUUUUAUCUGCACGCUUAAUGCCCUAGUGAACUUUUGACUCCAGAUUUCAGAAAGGAAAAUCAAGAAAAUACGUCUCAAGAUCUUUCUCAAGACUGGUACUUUCUUUCCUGCUGAACCUGAACUCUUUCCUAUUUUGAGGGUUUGUUUGAAAAUCUUUUUGCUGACUUAAAUCUUUUUCCUGAACCAGACAGACCCUUUGCAUUCAUUUUCCAAAGAGGAUUGCUAUCUGUCUAAUAAGGAAAUAUUGCUGCACUUGCUCCUUUUAGUAGGAGACCAGGAAUAUAGAAGCUUAGAAAAUUGGACUGUUCUGUGACUAAGUAACAGGGGCCAAAACAUCUGCAAUAUUGUUAACAGCCUUAAAUAUAUUUUUCAUUUGUUAAAGCAGUACUGAGCAAGUCAAUACGUGGAGCUUUCAAUAGCUAUUGUUCAUGUAGUUUUAAAUGCAGUGAAAUGGACAUGUAAAAUUACAGUAAGGGGGUUCCUAUAGAUUGCCACACACAAAUGGCUUUUCAAACUUCUAUGAAUCCACCAAGAGGGAUUUUAUUUUGCAUAGAAGGUUUGAAGUUGUUUUAGAAUGACAGAAAUGGAAAUUUUAAACAAAACUAACAGUGAAAUGAAUUUUGCCUGAAAUUCCUGCCAGAACAACAUCAGCAUUAAGUACUGUACAUGAUGUUUAAUGUCAUGGGUUCAAUCCCUGAUUGGUUGAAGAAAUGUGUAUUAAUGAACUAGAUAGAAUCCAAAGUGUGUUUAGUUUCUCAAACAGUUGCAUUUGAAUAUUCAUAACAUAUUUCUUACAAAUGAAUAUUGAAAAAUAAGGUGUGUGUUGAUUUUCAUAGGAAUCAGUCAGAAUAGGAUAUCUUAUUUUUCAAUGAAUCCUUGUAUUCUCAUUAAUUAUUGUUAUUGUAUACAGACUGGUAACUAUAGACAACAGCAGUGCACCACAGCAACGUCUUUCCAAGGUGCCAUAACUAAACAUUCAAUUUUAUGUGCAUUACGUGUGUAGUUAACAAUUUAUGAACUGACAGAGAUCCACAGUUACUGCUAAAUUAAACAUGGCAAACAGGGUAGGAACUAAAGAAAGACACUUUGAACGGAAUGUAGUUUUAAGAACUAUAAUGUUUAUGUGAAAUAAUGUUUGUGGAUUAAAACUCCCAUUUUUCACCCUUCCUUUCCUUUGCAUUAUUACUAUGAGGACAGAAACUUAGUGAAGAGCAGAGAUCCUUCAUUGCCACGAGGAUGGAAAUGUUGUUCAAACAUUCCUUUAAAAAUGCUUCAAUGGAUAAAACAUCUUCAGAAGUGGGCUCUUCCAUCUUCCACUUGUUCAGUACAGAGCUACUGUGGGUUGCUCUUGCUUUAAGCAAUCAUGCAGCAAAGAUUGUUUAUUCAGUAUUGUAAAACUCAGUGACUGACUGAAAUCUUUGUUGAUUUUAAGAAUUGCUUCCCCUUGGGGCCCACCUGUUAUUAGGCUAUGCACUGAUGUAACAAACAGCCAUUCACCAAUAUGAUUAACUUUAGACAAAUCAGAACUCACUAUUGUGUGGAAACAUGAGUGACAAGUGGCUUUUAGAGCAGUUAAAGGUUUGCCUUUAACAUGAUUUAAUACAUUUUCAGGCUGUUGUAAUUACUGAACUUCUUAAAUGUCUUAAUUUAGAAAAUAUUACUGUUCCACAUCCUUCAAGAAUUUUCUCUUUCUUCCUGUCUCUAACCUUUAGCUGCCAAGAAUUAAAUAACAGGAAAGGAACUGAAUUCACAUAAUUGACCUGACCUAUCAUUUCCUGUCAUUACCUAGUUAACAUAAUUGUACUUCUUAUGAAGACCGACAGUUGAGAUACUGUGGUGGUGGAGUGCUCCCAAUGUGAUUUAAAACAUCCUCAUCGAAUACUUUCCUAUAAACUGAAAUAUUCUGUCCAUUGUAAUUUGAUUUAUGUCACUGCAUCAUCUAUUUUGUUUAAUAACUCAAUUCGUCCACUGUAUGUGGCUUCAGUAAGCUGUUAAAAACAUACCUUCCUUGAUCUUAAAAGAUACUGUGAUUGGCAAAAACAGACAGAACCUGUGUUCAUAUUCAGGGAAUCACAAUCUAUUUCUCCCCCAGAUAUUAUGGUUCCUCUGUUGCCAUUUCUUCAGCCCAUUGCAUGGUUCUGAUAAGUAUUAAUAUACUGAAUAGAGAGGGUUCAUCCUGCAGUCAUUUCGAGUCAGUUGAUUUGAUUUCUCCCUGUUUGCUGAGUGGUGGGUAGAGGUCAAGGAAGCAGGAAGACAAUGUUACUCCAGAUAUGAACAUAACCGGUCAUAUGUUAUGGAUUAUUUAUGUUUACAUUUUCUUGUCAUAACCCUUUGACUAUUAUGGGUGGCCACGAUCAAUUUAGUACACACCAAGAAUUGAAUCAAAGCAUUUUUUAUCCCCGAACGCAACCCUAGCAAUCAAAGAGUUAAGGACCGUGCAGUGAUUGUUUUGUAUUUAUUGAUUCAUAUUUAUUUUCAGACAGUUCUUAAUGUCAAUUAUAAGUGUCUUUUAUCGGGAAGGUUAAUUAUCUUUUUAUACUAUUAUAUAUCUCAUGUAUUCCGCAUCACUGUUUCACUGUGUUGUAUUAAAAAAGUUUAAAAAAACGAACCUGUCAAUAAAUGGGAAUCCAGACUUUAAAGUUA